UGCCACAUUGAAAAUUCGUAUACUUCGACAUUUUCCGCCUACAUGUCUCACUCCGAUAUGGCUGUUCUCUGAAUUUCCCUCGAUACCUUUGGAGUCUAGACCAGAGACAAAUGAUGUAUUUACAUGGAUUUAUGUUGAUAAUAAAUUGGGCUGGAAUACACCUAAGUUUUAACCAUAUUCACAGUUGGUAUUUCCAGAUGCCACGGCGGUGAUGGUCCCCGCGAAAGCUGCCAGCCUAAACUUUGGUCUUGCAGUCACUGGCGAAAAAUGCGGGGAGAUACAUGAACCAAGCCCUCAGGCAACGCUACCAGGAAUAUGGUUAAAGCCCUGGCGAAUUUCUGUAGAAAACUUGUACUUUAGGCUUGGACAAUUACCGGGUAUAAUACCAUCCAGUAUUGCAUCUGAAUCGAGGCGUAUACAUAAUCCUGCCUGGUAAAGUAAUACUAGUAUCUUUAAUGCUAGUGUCUUUAAUACUAGUGUCUUUAAUGCUUUCGAAUGAACAUUGCAAAUUCAGUCCAACCGUCGUUAGCCACACACUCUCACCCCUCAUACAGAGACAUUGAGGAUUAAUAUCGCUUUGCUGAUAAUAAAUCUACUUUAGCCUCGUUUCCCAAACAAAUCAGCUCUAG